AUGCCGUCAUCCACAUCCAAACCCACCACCACGUCUUUUUCGCACAACUUCUUUACCGUACUUUUCUUACUCGUGCUCCUCGUAGCUUUCUUCCCGAGUCUAUUCCAUUACAUAUCCACUCUCCCCCUCGCGUAUCUGUAUCCAGCAAGCUCAUCUUCAGCCACCCCACCCCCACCCGCGCCAACCAUGUCCUGGUUCCAGAAGCAGUUCACGCUGCCCCCACGCUCGCGCGGCUCCUACCUCAUCACCGACCACGUCGUCAAAGAGAUCCCCGAGAUCAGAAACUACAAGGUCGGCCUGCUGAAUCUAUUUGUCCAGCACACGAGUUGUGCGCUGAGCUUGAAUGAGAACUGGGACGAUGACGUGCGCGCUGAUAUGAGCGAUGCGCUAGACCGCAUAGCGCCUGAAGCUGGACCCAAGGGAGAGGAAUUGUAUAGACAUAGUGCUGAAGGAAGCGAUGAUAUGCCCGCACAUAUCAAAUCGGCACUCAUCGGCGCUAGUGUUACAAUUCCUAUAAAAGACGGAAAACUAGCAACGGGAACAUGGCAGGGAAUUUGGUAUCUCGAAUUCCGAGAGGUGAGGCAUACGAGAAAGGUUGUAGCGACCAUUCAAGGAGAGAAGGCAUGAAUUCAGAUAGAACCAGAAUAGAGACAUCUUGUGCCUUGCUUUUAUUGCAUUUUAUCUAGCUCGUGAUCGGUUCAGAUGCUCCCAGCUCUCAAGGCCACGAUCUAAUUCCUACGCCGUACGCCGUUUCGUCGCACCUUAUUUCAAUGCAAAAGCACACAUGAGAUGGCAGGCUAUAUGGUGCUCGAGAUAGCCUCGAUGAACCCUACCUAGGUACUCAUGAUCUCCUAGCCUUUCCAGGCCCGGCGCCAGAAUUAACAUCUUCAUUACUGUCCUUAGACUUCCCGUUUCCAGAACCAUUGGCUCAUUCUCCGUGCGACGAUUCCUUCCUGGAGACACAAGGCCCCGUCUGUUGAUAUGUGGUCACCGAAUAGCUACCACAACUAGUUGUGGCCAUUCUCUUCCUUGACGUCUCUCAUAUCUUCAUCGCCUCCGGCGAGGACUUUUGUUUUGAGGUUGAAGCCCUCAGGGCUUGCUCCGGGCGUGGCAGCAACCACC